AUGAAGAAGCGAGCUGGUGGUGGUGGUGGUGAAAUCAUGUCUAUCGGAGUCGGAGUAUCGGAGGCCUCUGCUUCUUCAGUACAGCAUGCCAAGCCAAAGCUUUGCUUGUGCUGGCUGCAAGCCUGCUUUGGCGAAGAUGCAGUGAUGUGUUCAGUGAUCUCUGCUGCCACCACAUUGGUCUCCAAAUUCGGGCUAAACCGGGCCAAUGUUCCGCUCUCGACUUCGAAGCUGCUCGAAUGCAUGCUUGCCAGCCGAAGAAGUGAUAAGCUGAAUCUUCUGCGUGCCAGCCGACGUGCGAUUAGUCAGCACCUCAAGAAUUUGCUAGGUAAACUGCGAAACAUAGUACAUCUCUUUGCCGACGCAUUUGCAAACCUUGAAAGUGUGCCCGAAAGUUUUCACCAACCGAGUUCUUUACGACCCGAGAAUAUUGUGAGUUCCCACAAGGAGAUGCACUUGGGGCCCAGCAAAACAUGUCUCUAUCCAGAUCGACCUCGAUUAGUAAGCCAAGCCAAGGUUGCACCUCAAACAUUGCGAGAUCUGUUCCUCUUCGACCACGCAGCUGCAAACCUUGAAACUCUCGGAAAUCCUUCUAUAAACCGCCCUCGUCACCGACCAGAGGAAACGGGGAAUUUCGAGAGGGAGAUGCGGACAGGAAUCAGUCCAAGGAGUGCCGCUCUCCGCCUCCGAUCCCACACACCUCGUAACCGUGCCCCACGAGUGUGGGGGAGGCAGUUCUUGAUGAUCCGAAAGUAUGGUGAGAUUCCAUCCAGAGAUGCAUUUGGGGCCCAGCAAAACGUGGAUUCAGAUCGAUGUCCGUUGCAGAGGAGAGCCUGGGCUGGGCUUGGUCGGGCCGAGCCGAGCGGAGCCGAGCGGAGCCGAGCGGAGCAUGCGUCGCCAAUCUCAGUCAGCUUCGACGCUCUGCAACGAGCAGUCAGCGUCGGCGUCGACUUUCCCGCGCGCGUGCUUCCGUCAGCGCAGAACGAAGAAAAGCCGCCGCCGAGCUUCAUCUCCCGUCUCUCUCUACAUGCAUCCGUCGCUGCAGAAGUGGUCGUCGGUCGACCAUUUCACCUCCCGCCGCUUCAUCUGCUGUCUGUGGAACGGCACUGGUCGUCCGUCGAGGAUUUCAUCUCUCCGGCCCCUCUAUCUGCUGUCUCUGCGCAGGUGCUGCAAAACUGGUCACUUGUUGACAAUCCCAUUUCUCCAGAAGCCGUAGAACUGCUGCCGCACGAAGGAAGUAUAUUAUUCUCGACACCACUGCCUACUCUUCCAUUCCCACAACCCAUCGCCUACGCUCUCCGUCUCAUCCUAUCACCCUACUCCGAUCGAAGCUCUUAUCCAACUCUUCCAUUUGCUAUCAUCCCAUUGACUCACUACCUAUCUACUCACCACCCCAUCUACUCACCACUACCGCUAUCGCCUUCCACUAUCAUGUCCAUUACCACCAGUUCUGCGGACAAGAGGCCAUCACCGCCAAGCAUUCUCCCAACCCGCGCCAGUCCGUCGACCUCAUGCGCCCUACCAGCCUCGACACUGAAGGCACCGACGUCUACCAGAAUGCCCCAAGCAAGCUUCCCUGCCGAAGUUAACACCCAGCCUAGCAAGCCACUGGCGCCCGUCGACGUCCCCGUCCACGCCUGCAUUACCACUUGGCAUGCCACAGCCUACUCGCCAAAGACUUACGACUUCUCCGUCCCAAUCGAUGCUGCUCAGCAGUCUUGGUCCCCCCGGGCGCUCGUUACAUCGUCCCGCAUACCAAAGACACCAUCAUUUUACAAGGCCAUGCAUUCAAAUUUGGCGGAGCCACCAGCCUCCACUACAUCAACUUCGGUGCCAACCACUGCGCCGGCUACGCCUGCGCCUGCUCCAGUAAUCGAAGUCCAGCCCGACAAGUUCCACACCGACACAACCGAGUUCAUCUGCAGCUUUAUCGAGGCUCUGCCUAUGCAAGCCCGUGCCGCUGCCGCCGCCGAGGACCUGUCAAGCCCGAUGGCCGCUUUCAAGGAGGACGCACAGAAGAAGAAUGAUCGCACCGGGGAUCCCAAGGCCCGAAUUCUCAACAUGGAGCACGAAUCGCGCCUCCAACGCCCAGCGGGAGCAGCGCGACGCCGAGACCCGCGACCCGAAAGCCCACAACGACUUGCUUCAAUCUAUGCAACAUCGCCAGCCUUCGCCGCCAACCACUCCUCCUAUCCUGGAUCGCAUCCAGCAGAGAAGAAAUCUAAGGAUCAGCACCUUCUGUUGGCCCUCAACAUAGACAGCGUGCUACGUAGCCAAUUUGGUAUGCCAAUGGGCUCCGCCAAUCAUUCCGGCUCGCUAGCGCCCACUCCCAAGCCAAGUGGUGGAGUAAGCGUCGCGCGAGCCUGUAUUGUAGUAAUAUUGGACCGGUAUACACAGCCGGUACAGCAACAGGCGAAAGCCUCCUCCAAAUAA